AUGGAGCCGGCCCCCGAGGCAGAGGAGGCGCGCUCGGUGCGUGAAGCUCUGGGCCGCUACGAGGCGGCGCUGGAGGACGCGGUGCGCGCCCUGCACGAGGAUAUGCAGGGGCUGCAGCGCGGCGUGGAGCGGCGUGUGGCCGACGCGCUGCGCCUGGCCGGCCCGCUGGCGCGUACUGUAGCCGAGCUGCAGCGCGAUAACCAGCGGCUGCAGGCGCAGCUCGAGCGUUUGACGCUCCAGGUGGAGGCGCUGGGCUUGGCAACCGGGCUGCCCCCCACGACCGGUACGCCUGGCACGUCCAGUCCCCCGCCCGCACCCAGGGUCCCGGAUCGCGCGCCCCGACUGGGCACCGCACGCUUCGCGAGCCACGCCACCUUCUCGCUGUCGGGCCGUAGCCAGAGUGUGGAUCAUGACGAGCCCAUUGAGUCGGAGAUGAGAAGAACCUCAAACUCGUGCAUCGUCGAGAAUGGGCACCAGCCAGGGGCAGGUCCAGGCGAUGGGCCCCCUGAGACUGCCCAAACCUUCCCGGCAUCAGAGCCCCCCAAGCCUCGCCCCGUGAGCCUCUCCUUGCGGCUGCCCCACCAGCCAGUCACUGCCGUCACCCGAGUCUCCGAGAGGUUCUCUGGGGAGACCUCGGCUCUAUCGCCCACAUCUGCUGCUGUCCUGGGGGGCCUCACCCCGAGCCCCAGUGAGACCACCAAACCCUGGACCCCCAGCCCGAGUGAGAAGAACUCCACUUUCACGUGGUCGAGUUCAGGCUAUGGGGCAGCGACGGCGGGCAGGGGCAACAACAGCCCCCCUCUGGUGACACCACCCCAGUCACCCAGGUCCCCGCAACCACCAGCCACGACUCAGGCCCAUCACCAAGGGGAGCGUCGCAGGGAGCUGGUGAGGUCGCAGACGCUGCCUCGCACCUCAGGGGCACAGGCCCGGAAGGCGUUGUUUGAGAAGUGGGAACAGGAUACAGCGGGGAAGGGAAAGGGCGAGACGCGGGCGAAGCUGAAGCGCUCUCAGAGCUUUGGUGUGGCCAGCGCCAGCAGCAUCAAGCAGAUCCUGCUCGAAUGGUGUCGCAACAAGACUCGCGGUUACCAGCACGUGGACCUGCAGAAUUUCUCCUCCAGCUGGAGUGAUGGGAUGGCCUUUUGCGCCCUGGUGCACUCCUUCUUCCCUGACGCCUUCGACUACAACACGCUGAGUCCCACGCAGCGGCAGAAGAACUUCGAGUUGGCCUUCAGCAUGGCUGAGAACCUGGCAAACUGUGAGCGCCUCAUCGAGGUGGAAGAUAUGAUGGUGAUGGGCCGCAAGCCGGAUCCCAUGUGUGUCUUCACCUACGUGCAGUCGCUGUACAACCACCUCCGCCGCUUUGAGUAA